AUGCCGUCAACUAAUUUGAUUAAACGUGACUGGGAGAAGGACCACGUGUAUUUGAUUCAAUUCCCAAGAGCCGGAUUGAUUCCAACUCCAUCUCCGUAUGCAUUCAAAGUGGAGACAUUCCUGCGUAUCGCCGAUAUUCCAUACACGAAUAUCGACAAUGAGUUCAGCAAGACGUCCGCUCGUAAGCAGAUCCCCUUCAUCGAGUUGAAUGGACGUCAGCAUGCCGACAGUUCGAUCAUCAUCGAUAAUCUUGUAGAGCACUUCCACAAGACUGAGUUGGAGAGCUUCUCUGCUGCUGAUAAGGCUAUCGCCAGAGCUUUCUAUGCUCUUAUUGAGCAUCAUCUCUGCUGGGUUUCGAUCUAUUCUCGUGGACAAGAUUUCAACUGGCUCGCCACCCCAGCAGGAUUUGGACGUCAGUUGACUGGAAUCAAGGGAUUCGCUUUCAAGAACUUUCUCGUCAAGAAAUUCGCAAGUACAGUCCGCGGACGUGCUAAGGCUCAAGGAAUGGGAACAUUCCAGAAGGAAGAGAUUUUGGAUCAAACCAAAAAGGAUCUCGACGCCUUGUCGACUCAGUUGGGAGAUAAGAAAUAUCUCUUCGGAAACAGCAUCAAGGCCAUUGAUGCCACUGCCUUCGCUCAUCUUGCCCAACUCAUCUACACACCACAAUUCAGUCCAGAAAUCAAGACUCAUUUGGAGGAGAAGACACCAAAUCUUCUCGUCUACGUGAAGCACAUCAGAGACGACUACUGGCCAGAUUGGGAGGAGACCACCGAGACGAUGAACAUGAACACGAAGUGGAAGAAAGACUGA